AUGCCCAUGGGUGAGACUAGGAGCCAGCAGGCCUGCACGCUCACCCCUUCUAAGCAGGACUUGAUUAGCCUCCUGAGAGCAGAAAGGAAAAGCAGCUCCUCAAUGGGCUCUGAGAGUGACAGAGAACAGCGGGGAGAGGCUCAGCUCUCCACUACUGGAAAAGUCAGUGGUACUUCUGGGAGAGCCAUUAUAAAAGCCAUGGUCCUUGGAGACGUGGUGGACUCAGAGUUAAAAGCAGAACCAAAGUUGAGAAGAGCUGGUGUAACCUGCAAAGACCUCUCUGCAAGUUGUCCUCUACAAAGCCUCCUCCUUCAGACCAUUGCUCUGGCAGUCCAGGGAGGUUCCAACUUCUCGCAGAUCAGAUGGGACACUCUGACAUCAGGUCAAGUCAGGGUGGUGCAAGUAACCAUCCCAAGCAAUGUUGUGAAUGUGACUGCUGGAUCUGAUAUCACUCUCAUCUGCACCUACACCAGUACUCUGCCCUCCCGGGACAAGCUUUCCAUCCAGUGGUCCUUCAUGACUAAGAAGGAGUCACAGUCACUUACCCACAGCCCGUGCCUCAGUGCUGAGGGUAUGGAGGAAAAGGCAGUCAGUCAGUGUCUAAAAUUGGCGCAUGCAAGAGACGCUCGGGGAAGAUGUAGCUGGACCUCUCAGAUUUACUACUUUGCAGGUGGAAAAGCUGAAACUGCUGGGAAUUUUAAAGAUCGAAUUGUAGGGUCCACCAGUCCAGACAACGCAUCUAUCACUAUCUCGCGUAUGCAACCAGCAGACAGUGGCCUCUAUAUCUGUGACGUCACCAACCCACCUGACUUUACUGGAAAUAAUCAAGGAGUCAUCAACGUCAGUGUACUAGUCAAACCAUCUAAGCCCUAUUGUAGCAUUCAAGGAAUCCCAGAAACUGGCCAUCCUAUAUCUCUUUCUUGCCUCUCGAUGCUUGGAACACCUGCACCUGCAUACUACUGGUUUAAAAUUGAAGGAAAAAACAUCGUUCCAGUGAAAGAAAGUUUCAACCCAGCCACCGGUAUCUUUGUUAUUGGAAACCUAACCAAUUUUAAGCAAGGUUAUUACCAGUGCACUGCUAUCAACACCCUUGGCAAUAGUUCCUGCUCAAUAGAUCUAACUUCUUCACAUCCCGAAGUUGGAAUCAUUGUUGUGGCCUUGGUGGCUACCCUGGUAGGUGCUGCCAUUAUCAUCUCUAUUGUGUGCUUCGCAAGGAGCAAGGCAAAGGGGAAAGAAAGGAGGAGAAAUCCUAAACCCACCACAGAACUUGAGCCAAUGACAAAGAUUAACCAAAUUGUAGAGGACGAGGCAAUGCCAUCUGAAGAUAUUGUCCAAGUAGAAGCAAGCCUGCCACCUACCUCCCAGGAGAACGACCCUGAGAUCACCAUGGGGCCAGAUCAUGAGCCUAUCCCCGAGUCUGCGCCUGCUACGGGGACUAUUCCAGAGUCUGCCCCAGGCCAGGGGCAAACCCGCGUGCCUGAGCUUGAGAUCCAACUGGAGCCGGAGCCGGAUCCCGAGCCAGAGCCCGAGGCAGAGCCUGAGCCCAACAAUGUAGUUGAGCCCUUAUGCGAUGAGGAGAAGGGAGUGAAUAAGCCAUAGGCUGGUAGCUUAAACACAGUGUUCAUCACUAAGGAACCCAUUACUGGCAGCUGGAAUUCCAUUGGCCUUGCCAACCUUCCACUUCCUCCAUCCUGACCAUCCACCCGCCUUCUAACAAUGUGCUCCUACCAUUAAUCCAAAAUAAACAGGUCAAGAUAACUACUAAAUAAAUGCAAGGGUUCCUUAUUGCCAUCAUAGAAUACUUACAAUUUUACUAACAUAUAAGCAUAACUAAUGA